AUGGCAUCUCUCUCUUGUGCUCUCUACCUCCCAACCAAAUGCUCCUCCAUUAGGGAGAAUGGCAGCAUAAACAACACUCCACAAGCGACCUCGGCUCUCAGUGUCCAAAGACCGUCAGUGCUGGAUGUGGCUUACGCGGCCGCCUUCAAUCCUGCGACCUCCUUGACUGCGGAGCAGAUCCGGCAAAGCGUUCCCACGGAGAAGCAGUUGACAGAUCCUUUUCGACAGGGUGUUAUAGUCGAAGGUGGCGUCAGAUACAGGCAGACUGUUGUCAUACGAUCUUACGAGGUCGGGCCUGAUAAGACUGCAACGUUGGAGACCAUCCUCAACCUCCUCCAGGAAACAGCACUGAAUCACGUAUGGUUAUCCGGUCUGCUCGGUGAUGGAUUCGGAGCUACUCAUGGCAUGAUGAGGAACAAUCUCAUUUGGGUGGUCACAAGGAUGCACGUCCUUCUCGACGAGUAUCCUAUCUGGGGAGAGGUGGUGGAGAUCGACACAUGGGUUGGGGCGUCAGGGAAGAACGGGAUGCGAAGAGAUUGGCUGCUUCGAAGUCGCUUCUCAGGGCAAGUCUUCUGCCGUGCUACAAGCACUUGGGUGAUGAUGAACCAGCAAACCAGGCGGCUCUCCAAGAUGCCAGAAGAGGUGAGAGAUGAGAUCUCCCCGUGGUUCACCGAAACGAGAGCAGUCCACGAAGAAGCUCUUGAGAAGAUCGACAAGCUCGAUGACAACGCAAAGUACGUCAACUCCAACUUGAUGCCAAAAUGGAACGACUUGGACAUGAACCACCAUGUCAACAACGUAAAGUACGUGAGAUGGAUGCUUGAGACGAUUCCUGACGGGUUCAUGGAGGACCACCAGCUCUCAAGCAUCGUUCUGGAGUACAGAAGGGAGUGUGAUAGUUCGGAUACAGUGCAGUCCAUCUGCGAGCCUGACGAAGAUUCCCUUCCCCGGGAUAAGAACAUCAGGAUUCUCACGGGAUUCUCGCUGGCACCGGAGAUUCUCGACGGCGGGGGGCUGUUGGGGACGUUCGACAAGUGGCCAACAAGGUAUACGCAUCUGCUGCAGAUCAAAGGGGAGAAGAAGGACGAAGAAAUAGUGAGGGGGAAGACGACAUGGAGGAAGAAGAAGAAGAAGAAGUCAUUAAAUUCUUCCCAUUUACCUGUCGUGAAACAGUAA